UCAAUUCACCACUUUUGGAGGCACAUGACGCACGCACGCACGCGCACACCAAAAACAAACACGCGCACCCGGAGGAGGCGGGUCUCUGCAGGACUUCCUCGGCGGACCAGGCAGCAGCUCCAGCUCGCAACCUCUCCGGCCGGCGCUCUGCUCCUCUGCCUCGGAUCAUGGACGAGUCGCCCCCCCGUCUCCGCCGCCCCGCCUUCGCCGGCCUGGUGGGGGCGUCGCAGCUGCUGGGCCUGGCGUCGGUGGUGCUGACCGGCGUGUGGAUGGGCCACUACCGCGGCGGCUUCGCCUGGGACGGCUCGGCGCAGCAGUUCAACCUGCACCCGCUGUGCAUGGUGCUGGGGCUGGUGUUCCUGCAGGGCGACGCCAUCCUGGUCUACAGAGUGUUUCGUAACGAGGCCAAGCGGACGGUGAAGGUGCUCCAUGGCGUCAUCCACCUGCUCGCCCUCAUCAUCAGCGUCAUCGGUUUUGUCGCCGUGUUCGAUUUCCACAAAGCGGCCGGGAUCCCCGACAUGUACUCUCUGCACAGCUGGUGCGGCAUGGCGACGCUCGUCCUGUUCUGCCUACAGUGGGUCCUGGGUCUGAGCUUCUUCCUGUUUCCCGUGGCGUCGGCGUGGCUGCGAGCCGCCUACCUGCCCGUCCACGUCUUCUGCGGCCUGGUUCUGCUGGUGAUGGCCGUCGGCACCAGCCUGCUCGGCAUCGCGGAGAAACUCCUCUUCAGCAUCGCGUCGACGUACUCGCAGUUCGCCCCCGAGGGCGUCCUGGCCAACGUCCUGGGCGUCCUGCUGGUGUGCUUCGGGGUGAUCCAGUGUUACCUCGUCACCAAGGACGAGUACCGACGGCCACCGAACCCGGAGGAGGAGUCUCUGUCCGUCCACUUCAAGACGCUGACGGAGGGCGCCUCGCCAGCCACGCCCUAAACCUCAAAACGUGUCCCGACUACACGCUGUGGGAGCAUGGACGCCUGAGCUACGGCCACGCUUCCUCAAAUACUGUUUGUGUCUGUUGUUUGUGUCGUAACGUUGAGUUUUCGUCACUUAAUGUAGCAGCAGGAAAAAAAAAAAAGAUCUGCACAGA